UCUUCAGAUGAAAUGAUUGUUGCUGUAGGUCGCAGGAAGAAGGGAUCACAGAGUCCUCUUUCUUGUCGGAACUGGUUCUGCUCAGGAAAAAAAGCCUGUGGAUGAGUGACGAUCAGUCGACCAAAGAGUGAAGUUUGGGAGGAGCGCAAAGUGAUUGAUUGCCUACGACCUCAUCGUAACCAUCUCGGACAGGAGCAAGCAACGAGGUCGACGCGAUUUGUCCACUCACCCACCGCUCAGGUGGAGAACCGCUAGCAACUCCACGCUUUGGACAGCUCUGCCAGUCCUGUCACCAUGAUUCGGCUAUCGCUAUCAGCCCUGCUCUUCCUGUCCUUGGCAAAGAUAUCAUUAGGACAAGUCUGCCCUCACACGCCGCCAAUUGUCGUGAAUGGAUCGUACACGUCCCAGACCACACCGAUACAACUGCUCGGGACCAUCAUGUGGAGCUGUAAUCAGGGAAGUCUUCUCUCCGGUCCCAUCAGCCAGACUUGCACUGCGGAGGGUUUCCAGAGCAAUCCGCCUGGCACUCCUGUCUGCGUCUACCAUGACUGCAAGAAGCUGCCAGUCCCAUCAAAUGGCACUGUUGAGUACAACCGCACGGACCUUGGUGCAACAGCAUUCUACUACUGCCAUCCUGGCUACCAGAGGAUUGGUGUGUUAGAGAGACGUUGCAUAAUACAAGCUGGUCAAGCUGGUCUGGCCAGGUGGUCUGAUUCAGCAACGACGUGCGACGAUGUGGAGGAGUGCGUGAUGUCCCUGGACAAUUGUAAUUCUCACGCAAGCUGUACAAACACAAUCGGUUCCUUCACCUGUGCCUGCCACCCGGGAUUCACUGGGAAUGGUGUGAACUGCACUUCAACAGCCACAGCGCCUCCAACACCACCACCUGUUUCCACCCAGCCAGUGCCAUCUGAUGCACCCACAACACCACCACCUGUUUCCACCCAGCCAGUGCCAUCUGAUGCACCCACAACACCACCAGUCCAAACGAAUGCACCCACAACACCGCCAGUCCAAACUAAUGCACCCACAACACCAGCAGUUCCACCCACAACCCCACCAACCCCAUCAACCCCAUCCAGUGCACCCCCAACUCCACCAGUGCCAUCCAGUGCACCCACAACCCCACCAACUCCAUCAACCCCAUCCAGUGCACCCACAACCCCUCCAGUCCUAACCAAUGCGCCGACAAUCCCACCAGCUCCAACUAACGCACCCACAAUCCCACCUGUGCCCACUAGUGGACCAACUACCCCUGCACCAACUACACGACCACCGACUGCCCCAUCUCCGACCACUCGUGGACCAACCACACCUGCACCAACCACAAGGGGACCCACCACACCUGCACCAACCACGAGGGGACCAACCACACCUGCACCAACCACAAGGGGACCCACCACACCUGCACCAACCAUGAGGGGACCAACCACACCUGCACCAACCACAAGGGGACCCACCACAGCUGCACCAACCACGAGGGGACCCACCACACCUGCACCAACCACAAGGGGACCCACCACAGCUGCACCAACCACGAGGGGACCAACCACACCUGCACCAACCACAAGGGGACCAACCACACCUGCACCAACCACAAGGGGACCAACCACACCUGCACCAACCAUGCGUGCAACAACCACCCCUGCACUACCAACCCCAGCACCGACUACCCAGGAGCCGACAACACUGAGGGUGCCGACCACACAGGCAUCGACUACCCAGGCAGUGCCCACCCAACCACCGCCGACCACCGAGGAACCAAUGUCAGGCAGUGGCGACGUCCCGACUUGCCAGUCAACAACAUGUAAAAAUGGUGGAACCUGUACAGAUGGCAUCGGCAUCGGAUUAACGUGCACCUGUGUCCCGGGUUUCAAAGGAAUGUUCUGUGGCGAAGGUGUGACGUGCUCGGAUCCUAACACACCCAACACAACCAUCGCGAAUCUGCACAGUCGCUCACCGUCGAUUAACAGCUCAGGGAGCUACAGCUACAACGCGCGCCUGUCGUAUUACUGUCUGGAGGGAUUCAAUCUGAACGGAACAGCUGCACGACGUUGCCAGGCAAAUGGUGCCUGGUCGGCCGAUGAACCCACUUGUGUUGGCACUGCCAGGGUCUAUGGUAGCUGGCUGUCACUCCACCAAGAGCUCAUCCAGAGUCUUCAGCAGGAAACGGCCGCAGGCAUGGUGCCAAACUCCACAGCCCAGGUCAUUGACGUGGACGACACGGUUACUAUUUACCACGUGCAGUUCUGGCAGGAGGCGCUGGACUCCUGGCUGAUGACGACCAACAAGUGGCGCGAGGUCAUGCUGUCGCGCGGCUUUAACAUCCCGGCCGUGCCCGCUCUGGUCAACGACUCCAGCGCCAAUGUUCACGCGCGCUGGCAGGCGAGUGUGGAGUACGCGGGUAUGCUGACAGAUCUAUGGUACACCGAGGCCACCACCGGCGCCAAUCAGCUGAGCGCCGUGUCACCUACGGCGGGAACGGCAGCCGCGCAAACCGAUGCCAUCUACACCGAAGACCUCUACCAGAAGCUGGCCAAGAACCUGCCCACUCUCAUCACCAACUACAAGGAGAGCGCUGCUGGACCCACACCGGCAGCGCCCGUGUCCACAGCUCCGCUGGGAGAAUAGAAACAGGACACGGCGUGUUCUCCGUAAAGCCCGGCCAGUGGGCGCAGACAUUCUUAACGCUAUAUUCUGUAUAACGCACCAUCUAUGCUCUUCUUGUUCACCUGUAGAUCCUAGUCAAUGUAGGCAAACGCUUGCAGUCUGCAUUUGAAAAUAUGUAAUAGUUGUAUGAUAUAAAAUUGAUCCUCGAUCGAAAUUCUGUACUGUUGUAUUGCUCUGUAUUUCGACAAACUAGUUCAAUUGUACAAAGUCAUUCUUCAAGUGCAUGUAGAGUGUAUUGACAUGACAUGACAUUGCAUUAGAUGUAUUGCCUGGCUUCUCGUCGACUUCUCCACACUAUGGUUUUCAGAACAGCCUGGUACGGUUUCUGUUUUUAGGCUACUGUGAUGAUUGUGCAGCUUUUUAUAAGGUAUAGUUUUAAAUGUACUCCUGCCUCAUCGUGGCUGAUGAUUGUAGCAUAACACA